AUGUGGAGAGUGCUGCCGCCGCCGGUGAGUGUCGCGCCGGGGCCGCGGGACAAGGUCACCGCCGCCUCCCGCCGCCGGCACCGGGCGCUCUGCGGGCGGCGGGGACCGGGGCUCCCGGGAUGGGCACGGGGAGGAGAACCCCGGGAUGGGGACACCGGGGAUGGGAGCGCUGGAGGCGAGGAGCAGAGCCCCCGGCUGCGGCCACCGGGCACACCGGAGAGGGGGAGCGGAGCCCCGGGAUGGGGACAGCGGGGACAGGGAGCGGAGCCCCGUGUUAGGGACACCGCGGACACCGCGGACACCGGGAAAGGCGAGGAGAGCCCCGGGAUGAGGGCACCGGGGACAGCGCCGGUGGCACGGGGUGACAGGGAGGCUGUGAUGGAGCGUGAGGAGCGGGGCACCGGGGCAGGCGGGCUGGGCACGGCCGGGACCGGGCAGCGGGCUCACCACGCGGGGACACCCUGGGGCCGGGAGAGCCCGGGCUGGCGCUGCUGCGUUUGUGCCCCCUGUCUGUCUGUCCGUGCCAGCCGCCCCCUGUCCGUCUGUCCGUUCCAGCCGCCCCCUCCGCCCCCUGUCCGUCUGUCCGUGCCAGCCGCCCCCUGCCCGUCCCUCUGUGCCGGGGCAGCUCUGACGGGGCCCUGUGCUGCUGGAGCGGUUGGGCUGGGUUCCUCGGCUGCCGGUGGGACCGGUGCUGCCGGGUUUGGUGGGGCCGUGCCGGGCUCGGUGGUUGGGUCAGGCUGGGUUUGGCUCGCUGGGAGCGGCGCUGCGGGCUCCAGGCUGUUGGGCUCCGGGGGUGGUCCUGUUGCCUUUGGCUCGCUGGCACCGGGGCCGUCCCGCACCGGAGGCGGCCGUGUUGGGCUUGGCCCGUUCCGCCGGGACCGGCGGUGCCGGUGCUGCGGGGGUCCGGGUGGGACUGUUUGUGCAGCCAUUGUCUCGGUGCUCUUUGAAGACUCUCCAGUUUCCUUCGGCGGGGCAGCACUGACACGGCGCUCCCGCAGCUGGCAGCGCCGCGCCGGUGCCGCUCGGGACGCGCUGCGGGCUCCGGUGCGCCCAUGCGGCCGGCGGGACAGCGGCGGGACAGCGGCGGGGACACGGCGGCGGGGACACGGCGGGGACACAGCGCUCGGCAUGGAGUUCACGGCCAUCGACUACAGCAUCUUCGCGCUGCUCCUCGUGCUCUCCUCCGCCAUCGGGCUCUUCUACGCGCUGAGCGGCGACCGGCAGCGCACGGUGCAGGAGUUCCUGCUGGCCAACCGUGACAUGGGCUGCCUGCCCGUGGCGCUGUCCCUGCUCGCCUCCUUCCAGUCGGCCGUGGCCAUCCUGGGCGUGCCCGCCGAGAUCUUUCGCUUCGGCACCGAGUACUGGUUCCUGGGCUGCUCCUACCUGCUGGGGCUGCUCAUCCCCGCGCACAUCUUCAUCCCCGUCUUCUACCGCCUGCGCAUCACCAGCACCUACGAGUACCUGGAGCUGCGCUUCAACAAGACCGUGCGGAUGUUGGGCACCAUCACCUUCAUCUUCCAGAUGGUCAUCUACAUGGGGGUGGUGCUCUACGCUCCUGCCCUGGCCCUCAACGCAGUGACGGGCUUUGACCUCUGGAGCGCCGUGCUCACCAUGGGGCUGGUCUGCACGCUCUACACCACACUGGGUGGCCUCAAGGCUGUCAUCUGGACAGACGUGUUCCAGACGCUGGUGAUGCUGGCGGGGCAGGUGGCCGUCAUCGUGGUGGGCGCCUGGCGGGUGGGGGGCAUGGCCCGAGUGUGGCGCGUGGCCGAGCAGCACGGCAAGAUCGCCGGCAUCGACCUGGACCCCAACCCCCUGGAGCGGCACACCUUCUGGUCGCUGUCCGUGGGCGGGAUCUUCAUGAUGCUGUCGCUGUAUGGGGUGAACCAGGCGCAGGUGCAGCGCUACCUGUGCGCCCGCAGCGAGCGCGAGGCCAAGCUCUCCUGCUACGCCGUGUUCCCCUGCCAGCAGAUCGUGCUGUGCCUCAGCUGCCUCACGGGGCUCGUCAUGUUCGUGUACGACCUGGAGCACCCGCUGGCGCCCGGCCAUCGCCCUGCCUCCUCUGACCAGCUGGUGCUGUUCUUCGUCAUGGACGUGCUGCGGGACCUGCCGGGGCUGCCCGGGCUCUUUGUGGCCUGCCUGUUCAGCGGCGCCCUCAGCACCAUCUCCUCCGCCUUCAACUCGCUGGCCACGGUGACCAUGGAGGACCUGGUGCGGCCGCACCUCCCCGGGCUCUCGGAGUCGCGGGCCACGCUGCUCUCCAAGCUGCUGGCUCUCGGCUAUGGGCUGCUCUGCCUGGGCAUGGCCUACGUGUCCUCCAUGCUGGGACCCGUGCUGCAGGCAGCCAUCAGCAUCUUCGGCAUGGUGGGGGGCCCGCUCCUGGGGCUCUUCUGCCUGGGCAUGUUCUUCCCCUGCGCCAACCCCACCGGAGCCGUGGUGGGGCUGCUGGCCGGGCUGGCCAUGGCCUUCUGGGUGGGCAUUGGCAGCUUCCUGCAGAGCGCAGCACAGGCCGGCGGGGUGCCCCCGGCCAACAGCACGGCGCUCCCCGCCGUGGGCAACCUCAGCACUGUGCUGGGCACCACGCUGCUGCCCCCCACCUCAGCACCGCCCCCGAGCCCCACGGGGCUGCAGCGUUUCUACAGCCUGUCCUACAUGUGGUACAGUGCCCACAACUCCACCACCGUCAUCGUGGUGGGGGUGCUGGUCAGCCUGCUCACCGGCCCCACGCCGGCCGCGGCCCUGGACCCCCGCACCAUCUCCCCCGUGCUGCCCUGGCUGCUCUGCUGCCUGCCCCCCAAACUCCGCCACUGGCUCUGCUGCGGGGCAGCCGACCCUGCCCAGGCCCCUGGCCAUGGGGACAGCUCGGAGAAGAGCCACGGGGUGCCCAACGGGCUGUCCGCCCCCGGCCCCGAGCUGCGAGGGGACGAGGGACAGGGCUUCGUGCGCAGCGCCGGCGCCCCGCUCUACGCCGUGCAGGAAACCUCCUUCUGACAGCCCGGCACGGGGGUCCUGGGCACCCCCUGCCCUGCGGGGCAUCCUCACACGGCCGGGGCUCCUGGCACCCCCUUGGAGCACCGCCUCGGGACGUGCCCGCGGUGCCGAGGAACGGCGGGGCGCUGCUGGGCUGCCCCGCCCGCGGCUCUGGGACCACGGCCGGGGGGUCGGAGCGGCGCCCCCCGCCCUGUGCAGGCCGGGACGUUGUGUGGUGCCCCCGGGCCAGCCACGUGCCUUACACACCGCUCCGGGGCCGGGGCUGUGUGCCCUCGAGCCCUGGCGCCUGUCUCUGUGUUCGGUGUUCCCCAAUAAAUGGUUCUGGGGCU